CAGCACCCAGUAUCGUGGAAAGUUUCGCCAGAUGGCUCAAAACUACUCGGUCACAUGGUCCUCCAUAAAACCUUUGAGGACCCUCGGGACCCCAGUGGCAAGAAAACGUUAGGGCUGAAAGUGACAGGGGGCCGCAUGACGGAGCACGGCUACGUGGGGGCAUUCGUGACGAAAGUUAAAAAGGGCAGUGUGGCCGACACCGUGGCCAACCUGACUGCCGGCGAUGAAGUCGUCAUGUGGAAUGGAAAGUGUUUACGCAACCUCUCAUUCGACGACGUUUAUGACGUCAUCUUCGCCUCUCAGAACGACUUCAAAGUUGAACUGGCAGUAGAGAGA